UAUUCACAAAAAUCCCUUAGCUUUUUUUUGAAACCCUCACGGUUUCAUGGUCUGGGAACACAUAUUAUUAUAUUAUUAUUGGUGAUAAUUGAAUUGGUUUAAUUUUGUUUGCGUGGCAAUGAGGUGGUGGUGCGGCGAAAUGAUGGCGUUGGAGAGGGUUGAGGCGAUGGAGAAACGCGCCAAGGUUUUGGCAGAGAGAGCGAAGAGAGUGCCGGCGUCGAUGUGGAAGAGGUUUUGGAACGUGGGACGGGAAGAUCCGAGGAGAGUGAUUCAUGCGAUCAAAGUGGGGGUGGCGUUAACGUUGGUGUCUUUGUUGUAUUUGAUAGAGCCAUUGUUCAAGGAGGUUGGGCAGAGCGCCAUUUGGGCUGUCAUGACUGUGGUCGUCGUUCUUGAAUUCACUGCAGGGGCAACAUUGUACAAAGGAUUGAAUAGAGGACUGGGGACGUUGGUCGCUGGCUCGUUGGCCUUGUUCAUUGAGUGCGUUACGACGGAAUCUGAUCGAAUUUUUCGAGCUAUUUUUAUUGGAGCAGCAGUUUUCCUAAUAGGAAGUAUAGGAACGUACAUUAGAUUUUUGCCAUACAUAAAAAAAAACUACGACUAUGGAGUGGUGAUAUUCCUGUUGACCUUCAACUUGAUCACGGUUUCGAGUUAUCGCGUGGAGAACAUCCUCAAAAUGGCGCACCAGCGGUUUUACACCAUAGCCAUGGGCUGUGCUAUCUGUCUGCUUAUGAGCUUAUUCAUCUUCCCUUUUUGGUCUGGAGAAGACCUCCAUAACUCCACCGUUCACAAGUUUGAUGGCUUAGCCAAAUCCAUUCAAGGAUGCGUGAAGGGGUAUUUUGGCGAUGAGGAGCAAGAAAUAGGCGAGUCCGAGUCACCUGACUCGGAGGACCCAAUCGGCAAGGGCUACAGGGCUGUGUUGGACUCCAAGUCCUCUGAUGAAAGUCUGGCAUUAUAUGCAAGCUGGGAGCCAAGGCAUUCAUUGCAUUGUUACAAGUUUCCAUGGCAACGAUAUGUGAAGUUAGGAGCCGUUCUUCGCCAUUUUGGGUAUACUGUCGUGGCUCUUCAUGGUUGUUUACAAACUGAAAUUCAGACUCCCCAAUCCAUCCGCGCUCAUUUCAAAGACCCAUGCAUGCGCCUCGCCGGAGAAGUGUCCAAAGCGCUAGAGGAGCUCGGCGAGAGCAUCCGCAACCGCCGCCACUGCUCGCCGGAGAUCCUCUCCGACCACCUCCACGAAGCCCUGCAUGACCUGAACGCCGCCAUCAAGUCCCAGCCACGCCUCUUCCUCGGCAGCCGCAGCCGCAACAGCAACCCAAACAUGAUAGCCAUGGCCGCCGCCGCCGCGGCCAGGGAGCAGCACAAGUCGUCGUCGUCGCUGCCGAGCGUGAAGACGGACACGUCGGCGCUGAUGGACUGGCGGUCGAAGAGGGGAGGAGGGUCCCGGCGGGAGAAAGAAGAGGAGAGGAAGGUGUUGCGGCCGACGCUGAGCAAGAUCGCCUUCACGUCGUUGAACUUCUCGGAGGCGCUGCCGUUCGCGGCGUUCGCGUCGCUGCUGGUGGAGCUGGUGGCGAGGCUGGAGAUCGUGAUUGAGGAAGUGGAGGAGCUUGGGAAGAUCGCCCAUUUCAAGGAGUUUGAUGGUGGGGAUGAAGAUAGUAUGAUUGGUGUUAAGUGUGAGAAACCCACCAAAGUCCCUUUACCUAACCAGUUGCCCUCUCAUGUAGUAGAUUGAUAUGCCUAUGUUCUAUGUAGUGCGUAUAUAGGACAGGAAAAUCUAAAUUUGCACUUAUUUCUCCAUCUUUUAUCUAAUAUAUAAGACAUACGUACGUACUGGUGUUGCA